AUGUCUGGCGCAGUUUGGUCCUGGAGCACUGGUGGCCAUUCCCGGCCCUACGAUGCAGAAGUGAGCCGCCUGAUUGAGGAGGGCUUUUGCAAGAACCAGCAAGAAGUCCGCAUCCGGUUGUGGACGGGCGCCGGACACGAAAGCUACCGCGUCAACUUCCACAAGAUGAGAGCCUCCGUGACGGUCACAAGUGGCGGCCUGCGCAGCGCACUCAGGUGCAGCCGUCCUUGGUGA